AUGCCUUCAAGCCUCCUCUAUUCACAUCACAAAAUCAAGCUGACACCUAUUUUCCAUCGACUUUCAGCGGUUCGACGUCUACACCACAGACGCUUUGCGAUUGUAGUUGUUCGACGUCUACACCACAGGCGAUUUGUGAUUUGCAGUGAGUUUGAUGAUGCACACCAAGUGCUCGAAGAAAUUUUACAACCAAAUGUUAAUGUUUCUUACAUCUGUUAUAAAGCAUUGGUUGAUUUCAGGGCUGAUUGGAGAUGUGUUGUUGACAACCUUUUAACCAAAAAGAGGGUAAAACGACCUGAUUCAUUCUCCCCUUGGGCAAUUACCACUAACCAUGGAGACCGUAUGCAAACAUUCUCAAGAUACAGGAACAAGAAAGCAAAGAGGAAUUUUGGCAGAAAAAUCAGGAUUCAUCAGCCCAGUGAUAAUAGGCAGCAACACGUCGUAAAAAACUCAUUGAAAAAACAACAGAUUUCGACUGCAACCCUGAUGAACCUAACAGAACCUAUUGAUCUCGACAUUAAAGAGGUGAAAACGCUGGGGAGAUCACAAUUUCAUUAUCAGUCAAAGAAAGUCAAAGUCGUGGUCCCCUUUUUACACUUAAAGAAAGAUUCAAAUAGGAUAAAUGGCAAAAUAUUUUGAAAAUCGAAAUCAAACACCAAAUUCAGCAUACCAACAACAACCAAAAUCAAAAAUAUUUUAUAUAUUUUAUAUUUUGAAAAUAUUAUAUGAGCAAUGUAUUUUAUAUGUUUUUUUCUUUUUGUUCUAAUAAUAUAUAUGAGCAAUGUAUUUUAC